AUGCAGGAGUCUCAACAGCUGAGGUCAAGUUUGGAGGCUGAGAUACGAAAGCAGUUGACUGAAGAGUCCCAGGAACUGCAAUCCGAGAUCAACCACAACGAGGCGAAGAUAGCUGCCUUGGAAGAGGCUCUCUUACAAGAGAGAAACGUUUCAGAGAAUUUGCAAGCUAAAACACAGAGCAUGGAAACUAGGCUCGCGGAUAUGGAAAGAAAAUUCGAGGACCAGGCCAGGAUAUCCCAGCUACAGCGGCGUGACAAGCAAGAGGCUUUCGUGGAGCUCGAGUUAAGCGUUGCCAAAUGUGAAGCCUCGCAGAUGGCUACGAUAACGUCCACAAACAAGGACGAUAAGCUUGGCAUGGAAGUUGACGCUGGCCAGCCUCAAAAAUGGGAUCGCAUUAUAAAAGACAGCCCAUAUAUCGAGCUGGAACAAAAGUUGAAGAAUAAAAUGACGCAGUUUCUCCAAUCCAGAAGUUCAGCCAUGGAAGAACAUGUCCAAACCCAACUGAAUCAGUUGGCCAGCGACUUCGGAACGUGGAUGGAUAAAGAAAGAGAAAUUCGUCUGAGUUUGGAUGAGCAGGUUAAGGCUGCUAAGCAGUCUGCGAAUGCAGCAGUUCAGGCUGUCGAAGUGGUGUCAGCAAAACUGGUUAUGAAUCAGACUACCAGCGAGUCUAACCGCGAGUCCGAUGCGUCAGCAAUAGCAAACCAGAAAGUCCUCAUUCAGGGGUUGGGUGAACGGGUAGGGGCUGCUGAACACUCUGUGACUGAAGUAACUAAGGUUGUUGAGGCGAUGAGAACAGACCUGAUCACGACUAAGUCUAAAGUUGCGGUGCUCGCGGACUACGAAGCACGCCUUCAGAGUUUAGAUGAACGAAUCAGGGCUACUGAACAGUUUGCGACUCCAGUAGCUAGUGCUAUCAAGACGAUCAGAACAGACCGGACUACGACUCAAUCGGCGGUGGCGAUCCACGGAACCUGCAUUCAAAAUCUCACAGGAGCGAAGGAGUCACCAGAAAAUGAAACUCGAUCGGCAAGAGAUGGACUGCAAAAGUCGAUAGACGCCCUCUGGUUGAGGACGAAGAAUCUGAACGACUGGCAGCAGAACUUCUCUACGCGUGGCCUCUUUGACGCGAUUGUAAAACACUUGAACGAGUCAUUCGUCUCGGAACAUGUAUUCAACUUUACAAAAGUAUUGAAGAGGGUUCAGCGUCUUGAGAGCCAAUUGGGAGAUGGCAGUAGCAAGAAGAGAAAGCUCACAGCGCAGCCCUCUGCCAUUACCACCUGA